AUGCCUGUGGAGUAUGUACGCUCGUACAAUUUGCCCUCGGAUAAGCUGAAGCAGUACCUACAAGAACAAUUCCCCAGCACAUUCAUUCACUUGCGUGACAAUGGAAACGAUAGCUAUGCCGUAGUGCUACCUCGUGGCUUGACUCAGGCUCAGAAAGACGAUGUCAAGGGUCUUCGCUCUGGAGAAUGGCUCAACGUACCGACAUCACUUGUACCGAGACCGCUGGAGCAGUCACCCUCGUCGAUCGAUGGCUCUAGAAAAGGGGAACGGUCAGAUCAUAUCGCUCUGGAUGUAGUCGACUCGGACCAAAGAUCACAGGCCUCUACACCACGAGGAUCAACGUUUGCUAGCUUCUUCGCCUCACAAUAUGGUAGACAGAUGGAGCUGUCAACACCCGCAGCAGCUCCUCAACCAGCCCAGGAGAUCAACCCCUUGCUUCAGUUUGGAGGUGCAAAUGUCGCCGCUGAUACUGCUGCGGUUGCUCCUACUGGCAGCCCGAGUCCCAUGGAUAAUAGAGCUGCGUUUCAGAAGCUUAUCCUUAAGCUCAAGAAGCAGCGUGUAUCAAACACUCCACCGUUUGCUGGCGGUUUCUCUGGCGGUUUCUCUGCCCCGCCCGCCGAACCCGAAUGGGGCCCGUCAAGUUCCCUUGCAUCACCGAGUCCAUAUUCACCAUUCAACUUGGAGCACCGAGACGGUCCACCGCACAAAAGCUUCUAUGUUGGCAGCAGUGGCCAUACAGCUGCUGGCACAAUCCCGUCUGACUCUGGCUACGCCUCACUUCCGACAAUUUCAACCACAGUACAGAGAAUGACAGACACCGACAGGCUUACCAUCAGAUCCUCGGUUGAAACAAUUGAGGGAGACGUCGACAUCAAGAUAGCUCUUGUUCGGGCUUUUGUAGACGAGAUAACAAGUCGUCUUGCCCCAACUACAUUGAACGGCGUUGAGCAAGGGGAGAAAUUGGAGUAUGCAGUGGAAGCGCUCUUGAAAACGGUUGCUGAGACGCUGGAACCAAUUGCCGAAUCCAAAUCUCAACGACAAGGUGUUCUUUUCCUGAGACAGCAGAGGCGGCGCAUUUCACGGGAAAUAUUGACUGGUGCUCGGAGCACUGAGGGGUCUAUCGAGAGUUCGGGCAACUCAACACCUGUAAACCAAUCCACGCAUGAAGGUAUGGGGUCAGACGAGAUCAUGAAUUGGCUUUCUGAUCAGACACAAUGGCCUCAACUCAUAGAAGAGGACAAUCUUCCGUUAGGAAGUGACGAAAGUCACUAUUUUGAACAAUCGAGAGUGUUUAUCACUCAAAGCGACGCCUUCCGGUGGCUCAUCGACCAGUUGACGGCUACUAUGGAGCUUGCGGGGAUUGAGAAUGUCUCCAUCUUGAACCACUGCAUUAUCACCGAGUUUGACAGACGUGCGAGCCCAAAGCAAGUCGCGUCUGCUGAUUUUGUCAUCAGCGGCCGUUUAGACCUUUUUCUUAAAGAAUACUUUGGUGAUGCAGCAGCUUGCAAUCUCGGCGACGUCUUGGUAGUCGUCAGAAAUGAAGACAAUCACCAAAUGCUUAGUUGCCGACAAUACAUGCGCCAGACUUGGCCAUCAAGUGGCGAAGCCACACUCACCGCUUUACAGAAGGGCCUGGAUGCCUACCAACGAAAUCAAACACAUGAUGCCCAGGAUUCUUUCGACGGAGGAACGAUACGACUCCGGGUGGAGAAGGAGACAACCUCCGUGUUAGUCUGUGCUCCUAAGCUACGAUUAUGCGAUGUUGGUGCCCAGAUUUGCUGGAUAGCUGCCGUGUGUCAGUUUCCUGCAGACGACGAAUGGUUACUUUCAUCUGCUUUUUUGAUUCAUCGUGGUCUUUCCAAUGAUGGUGAGUUUCGCAACGAUCAUCAACCAACUCUUUCUUUUGAAGUAAAUAUCGAAAGAAAGCGGAUCGCUCCCUUGGGCCCGUCAAACCAUGAUUGUUGGAAACUUCUCCUCAGAUCCUCUAAUAUCGUGACCGGGUUUCCAAUCGCGAACCGGACCGCUCGACAGAAAGGUAUGGAGAUUGCUCUCGAAGUAAUGGCACAGUCAGCUGGUGCACAGCGAGUCACUACCUUCGAUGAUAAAAUCGUACUGAAGGGAUUUUCAAGUCUUCUGGUUGCUGUCAGCUGCGACGAUUUGUCGAUCACUUGGCACUAUAUUGAAAGUGCCGACCUUUCGAGAAUUCCGUUCUCCGCUGCAAAGUCGAUUCAUACAGAAGAACUGGAUUUGAGCUACAUGAAAGACAAGCGACAUUUCUUGGGCUGGACGCCAGCUGCGGCUCAAGAAGCAGGAACAAGAAACGCGAAAUACGCCGACAUAACAAGGUCCCGCUCUGAAACCGUAUCUGGUCCUCGUUUUGCACUUAGCGGUAUCAAUCUCUCCGUAUCAAAAUACAUCAGUGGCGGGGCUAGCUUCCUUUUGAGUGAACGAGCAAACAGCCUGCGACUGAAAAGAGAGGGUCCAUUUGAGAGGAAGAUUUACAGUCUAAGCAGAAUGUAUGUGGUUUUGUAUGACGAUCUUGACCACAGAGGAUGGCUUAUAGACGGUGCCAGUGCUGUUUUACACGCAUUGCGCUGUCAGUUGACGAAGCCGCCCUACGAUAAAAGCCGUUUGUUUGAACCAUCCGCGUUCAAAUACUCAGAGGGCUAUGGCGGGCCGGCUGCUUCUAUGGAAGCAUUGUUAAACAUCGACUUUCGAAGAAUGAGGGUUUUCGAGAGUCUCAGUGAAGCAGGCGAGGGUCCACCUGGAGCUGUCAGGGAUACAGAGAAGGUCACGUACUGGACUAUUCAAGGCAUGAUUGAGGAUCUCUGGGACGUUUUCGAGCAGAUGCAUGAUCACCAAGAGAAACUCAAGUCAUCACCUGGGAUUGAGUUGCGCUUUGAUCGUGGGAUGUUGGAAGGGUGGUCCUUUGUCGAUCUCUUGAGCGAACCAGUACUCCAGGCACGAUCAGUGAAGUUGACCUCAAGUGGAAAAGGCUGGGUCGACUUCACUCGUGCUAUCCAGGCUGUAACAUUUCUGGCAAGAGACUUUGGCGAGAUUAUCAAACCGAUACAUGAGGAAAGCAGCUGCUUCAAUUGGGCUCAGGUCCCUCGUGGCAUAGACUACCUAGCAGUCCGCCUACAAUUACUAAAGCAGAUCUCCGAUGUAUACGGGGAUCCAUCGGCCACACCAUUGAAAUUGGCGAACGGUAUUUACUGGCAUAAACCCCAUCAGCUUUUCGAGGAUUGCGGCUGCGUCGCUAGUACUUCUGGAGCGAACUGCGACAGGGUCCAGGUACUUCUUCCAGAAUUUACUCUGGGCCGCAAAACGCAUCCAGGUAUCGAUCUGGCAGAUCAUAGCGUCUUAGGCGACGCCGCUGUCAUCUUCGGUCGUUCCACGCGGCUGCCACGGCACUGGCCGAGCAAGGACCGUUCUAAGGAAUCCAUUCCCACCAGUGGAUCCGGUGCAAGUAUCAGUGAUGAUAGUCGCGGGAGUCCUGGCGGCAGCCACAGUCCAUUUUCAGCGGCUGCUUCGGAGCAAUCCUCCAAGUCAAGUCGAAAUUCACGUUUGUGGUUGCCAUUGGGGCGCCGCGAGCAGAAAUGA